UGAGAUUGAUGUGCGUACUUUUGCUUGCUCUUCACUGUAUACAUAUAGCACCAAUGUCUGAGUGAAAAUCUGCUCUCUUAUCUGUGAUUUCUCCUGUAUAUAACUAAGAUGAGCCCAGAUUUAGAGCAAAACAUCUCUUGCACCAACUUGUAUGACCAUCGUCCAGUGGCCCGAGUUCUCAUACCUCUGGCCUAUUCCAUCAUAUGUCCAGUGGGACUUUUAAGCAACGCCCUGGCUCUUCAUGUGAUCUUCUUAAACAUCACCAAACUUAAUUCCAUCACGCUUUAUUCCGCCAACCUGGCAGUGUCUGAUAUUCUGUUCUGCCUGUCGCUUCCCCUCCGAGCUGUUUACUAUGGCCUUGGCUUCCACUGGCCCCUGGGGGAAGGACUAUGUAAAGCCAUAGCACUGCUCUUCUAUUUGAACUGCUAUGCUGGAGUAAACUUCAUGACUUGUCUGGCAAUCGAUCGUUUUGUGGCACUGGUGUUUCCUCUGAAGCUGGCGAAAUUGAGAAAAGUGAAAAAUGCCCGAUUAGUGUGUCUGGCCAUAUGGCUGCUGGUGUUGGCCCAGACGCUGCCUCUCCUGACCAUUAACUUGACCAAAACGGAGCCUGACAACAGCAUCACCUGUAUGGAAUACCCUAAUUUUGAGGGCCUUUUCAAAGGGCUGCCCUACUUGCUGAUUUUUGGGGUAGUUUCAGGCUUUGGAGUCCCACUGGUGACAAUCAUCGCCUGCUACUCUAUAUUGACCCGUAAACUACAUCUAGCAGCAAAGUCGAACCAGCUGACAGAACGUUCUGGAAGGACCAAAAAAGCAAGAGGAGUGAUCGCAGGAGUGGUAUUUGUGUUUGUGGUGUGUUUCAGCCCAUACCAUCUAGACCUUCUGCAAUACAUGAUCCGAAAACUUAUCUAUGAUCCGGACUGCAAGGAGCUACAGUCCUUUCAGAUAUCGCUGCAUAUUACAGUGUGCCUUAUGAACUUAAAUUCGUGCCUGGAUCCCUUUGUUUACUUUUUUGCAUGUAAAGGCUACAAGCAGAAGCUGAUGAGAAUGAUGAAGUGGCAGGUUGGCACCCACUUCUCUAGUGUUGGAAGAACCUCCCCUGAAAGUUCAGGCACAGGCGAUGUGCUCGGCACACGCCGCAACACAGGAAUAACAAUGAACAAUAUUAGAGAAGGUCAGUAAAACAAUUGCCAACUAAAGCCAACAUAAGAUGAUGAAAAGUGAUAAACACACAGUAUGUGGGGCCGAACUUGAGACUUAAAAGCCAAGAACAAGGCAAAAAAAGUCACAGACAACUCGUCUCUUCAGAUUUUAAA